GAUAACAACGUGUUUUUCUCAUCUGAAAAGUUUCCAGGAUGUGUCUCAUUUUAGGGCCACAAGGUGCUGGGAAAACUCUGUUCCUGAAAAGACUAAAUACCUUUCUUAAUAUUAAGGACCAAGACCCUCCUGGAGUGCCUCCUACAACUAUACCCACAGUUGGGACCAUUUUGGUGAAUGUGAUGGUGACCAAGAAACAGGAAGUGGUUAUAAGAGAGGUGGGUGGAGUCAUGAGUCCAAUAUGGCCCAAGUAUAUAAAGGACAGUUCCACUCUAAUGUUUAUGAUUGACAUGUCUAACCGAUUACAAGUGGCUGCAGGAUGUAUCCUGCUUCUUACCACUCUCAGUGACCAGGCACUUGUUGCUGAUAAAGUUCUCAUACUACUUAACAAGAUCGAUCUGCCAACCUGCAUGAGCAGAUUUGAAUUUGAAUCUCUUUUCCGCAUGGAUGAUGUAUUACAACGUACAAAACUGCAGGUGAAGGUGAUGGAAGUGAGUGCUCACACAGGUCAGGGACUCGGUGAAGUGCUGAACUGGUUAUCACAUGACACUAGAGGAGAUGUCAGCUGA